AUGACACCCCAGGAAGUUGCCGCCAUUCUCCAAGAGUACGGCAGUGAUGAUAAUCAAGAAGAACUCGACGGCCCAUCGAGACAGUCUGAUAUCCGGCUCAGGCGGACGGAGCUGCUCUCCAAAGUUCUGGCCACAUGCAAAGAUGCUUGGUCAACUAAAUCUGAGCUGCUGGAUUUGGUGGCAGAGAAGCUUGGGGACGGAAGCCGAGAUGUGGCAUGGCGUCUCCCAUAUGGAGACUCUGGAAUCCUCGACUUCUUCCUCGGCGUCUUGGCUGAGGGGGCCCCGAGACCAAAGCUUCAUAUACACUCUCUUCGCUUGACAGGAAACUCUUGCGCUGAUACCGAUGAGAAUCGAGCUCGGGUGGUGCAGCAAAAUCGACUAUUGUCCAUCACCAAGCACGUGGAGGAUGAAAACAUGAUACCGUUCAACAUCCCAGUCAUUUACAACAUCCUGGUGGACUACGAACCUGCCCAGGCCCUGGCUUCAAAGUCCUGCCUCAGCAAACAGCUCGUCGACCUUUUGUCUCUGCCACACAUCUCCAAAUAUUCGCCAUUCGUGCCGUAUAUCUGCAAAAUAUUGGCUCUGCUAGUGUCGCAGGAGGGAGAGUGCGCCGUCGCCGAUCCGUCCACGGUAGAGGUUCUCCUCAAAUUGGCCACUCAGCCAAAGGCCAAGGAAGACGCCGACGACUUCGUUGCCAUUGUAACAGUGGCCGUAGCCUACCUGGCCAAUGAAGAUUUUCAGUCAAGCUUGGUGUCGGAAGUGCGAAUGAGGUUGUUCAUGGAUGUCUUCUACCACGCUCAUGUUGCUUUCAAUGUCGACAGCAUCGACGACCCAGACACCGUCUCGCAACUGAAGCAACUACGGAUUUCCCUGCUCACGACCCUGGCAGACGUUUCUGGCAACGACGCCUUUGCAGCGGCGUACCCGUUGUCGUCGUUGUCGGACCCUGUGCCGCAAUCCUUCCUGGCCUGGAUCCGGGGGGACAAUCCCUCGUUGCAAUCUGCUGGCUGCCUGGCCUUGGGUAACCUGUCUCGUUCUGACAACAUCUCAAUUGCCUUGGUAGACACGUACAAAGCGCAUGAGCCCCUCGUCAGCCUCUUAUCCAGCUCGGCUGUCACCGACACUCAACUCCUCCACGCAGCCUGCUCGUUCCUCAGAAACCUGGCAAUUCCCAAAGCGAACAAGCCACAGCUAAGAGGUCUACUGCGCCCCCAAUGUGUCCCGAGAAUAUACUCCCUCGACACAUUACCUCAGAUCCAAUUCGCAGCAGCCUCUCUCACGCGCCUGCUCUUACUCAACUGCCCUACCAACUUUGACCAGAUCUGUGCCGUCACGGACGCCAAUCCCACAGAUGGUCCUGUCCGUCAAGCAUCCAGCGCAAAUGACCUAAUAUCUCUGUUUGGACGCUCAGACGCGGAACCAACCAAGCUUGAAGCGGCCAGAUGCGUGGCAUCCAUCUGCCGGAUCCUUCACUCCCCUCCACCCGUGUCCGAAGUGGUUGAGAAUCCAGGCGCCACCGACGACAGCGAUGAGAGCAAAAGGAGGAACUUCUACAAAGACCACCACGUCGAAAAAUCGUUGAGAUUUCUCACAACUCAAGAUAAAUGGCCAUCUCUGCGCUCCGAAGCUUGGUUUGUCUUUGCCCUAAUGUCUCGGUCUGAGAGUGGUGCGAGGGUCGUGCUAUCCGUCUUGGACGACAAGGCAGCAGAGAGCGUCCUGGUUGAAACAAUCACGGGCCAAAAGCCGCAAAACAACCGAGAUGCCGAUGCUGCGGCUGGUGUCGAGCCCGAGCAUUCGGCGUCCAACCCAGACGUGACAUGCGCGCCAAGUGAGUUGCAGCUGGAACCCCAGCAGGCUGACCCGAAGCAAAAGGAAGGCAUGGCAAGAGCAGAUAGGGAAAACGCGCUGUUCCUAUGCACCGCGCUGUUGAAGAUUUCCAAGAGCGAGUUGGCACCAGAGAAACUUGCUUUGUUGCAAAGCCUGGUCCGGGACGGAACCCAGCUUCUUGUCGCAGAUAGAACCAAAGCACCUUUUGCCUGA